AUGGGUGACUCCUACACUGCCGCCUUCCCCAGCACCCCGGGGCUGCUGUCCCCCUCUGCCAACCCCCAGGCAUCGCCCGGCCCCUAUGGCCCCGACUAUGGCCCCUUCGGCCACCCCUUCCCAGCGCCCACCGGUGCCCAGGAGGUGCUGGGCGGCCCCGUGGUGGUGACAGCCAAGGGGCACCCCCCGGGCGACUGCCUGCCGGGGGUUUACCCUUCCUUGGAGAUGCCUCACCCUUAUGGCUCCUGGUACAAGGGUGGCAUCAGCGGGGGGUUGCCAGGGAGCUCGGGACCUGCAGCCCCCUCCUGGUGGGACGUGCACCCCAACGGGGGGUGGCUGGGGGGGCCGCCGGGCAGCGAGGGACUGCAGGGCUCCUUGCAAGCUCAACCCACCCUCAGCCCCCCUCUCCCCGCUUACGGCUCCGACUUCGCCUCUCUCAACCCCUCCCCUUACACCGGCAACCCUGUGGUGCCACCCUCUGCCCCGAAACCCACUCCCGGAACCGCCGACACCCCUAAAGGUCCCCGCGGGGGUUCUUUGGGUGGGGGUCGCCCUGCUUGCGAUUGUCCUAACUGCCAAGAAUUGGAGCGUUUAGGAGGGGGCGCGGGAGGGGUCGGAUCCGGCGGCGGAUCCCGGAGGAAAGCUGUUCACAGCUGCCACAUCCCGGGCUGCGGGAAGGUAUACGGCAAAGCCUCGCACCUGAAAGCCCACCUGAGGUGGCACACCGGGGAGAGACCUUUCGUCUGCAAUUGGCUCUUCUGCGGCAAACGCUUCACCCGCAGCGACGAGCUGGAGCGCCACGUCCGCACCCACACCCGCGAGAAGAAGUUCACCUGUCUGCUCUGCAGCAAACGCUUCACCCGUAGCGACCACCUCAGCAAGCACCAGAAAACCCACGCCGAAAGCGGGGCCGGGGGGAUUGGUCCCCCGAACCCCCAGCCGCAGCCGGCGCCGUCGGAGGCAUCCCCGCAUCGACCCCCGCCGGCGUCGCCCGGCAAAGAGGCUGCGAGUCCGGAGACCGGAGGCUUGCUGGAGAUUUAGAGCGUGGGCUUGUUGGCUUUUUUUUGUGGGGGAGGUAUUUAUUAUUGGGGUUCUGACCCCGGCCCCCCAAAGUCCAACAUCCCCCUUUAAAACCUCUCCCCCCACCAUAAUCCCACAUCUCCUCCAAACCUGGGACCCAACACCAGAGCUUUGGUGGAGACCUAAAACUUUAUCCUCCAUCCUCCCCCUCCAGGGGUAUUUAUUAUCGGGGUUCUUCCCCCCCCUUCCCCAAAAUCUUAUGCCCCACUCCCUCUAAACGCCCCCCAUCACCUCCCCCACACCCAAGCAGAGUUCACCCCCCAAAUCGGUGCUUUGUUACAUCUCUAAACCUUCAGCCUCCCUUCUCCUCCCACUUCCUCCGGGGGUAUUUAUUAAGGGGAUGCUGCACCCCCCCCCCCCCCCCCAAUCCCCUCCACAUACCUCCCCCAAACCCAACCCCUUGUUCCCUCCCAACCCCUCCCCUCCAUCAACUCUUCAUUAACAACUGUAAUUUAUGCCUUAAAUUAUGGGGGGGUCCUUCUCUGAGUACCCUGCGGAGUGUCAAAGUGAGCCCCCCUCUUCUUCCCCCCCGUGUGUGUCUGCUCCCCCCCUGCAUAACGCUCAGGGACCAGGUUCAGUCUUUUCCCUCCAGCCUCGCUAGGGGUAAUGGAAUGGGGACCCCCUCCCCCUCAACUCCACC